AUGGAGAUCGAUUCAGGAACUUCUUACUCGAUCGUGUCACAGAAGGAUUUCCAGAAGAUUCCACCUGCUGCCCAUCCCCGCCUACGUGCAUUUAAGGUGUCCUUACGGGACAUACAAGGUCGCCAUAUUCCGGUGUUGGGAAUCGGCGUUUUUCACAUGCAAUUCAAGGGGUUGUCUGCUCAACUGCCUUUAGUAGUGGUUAAGCAGGGCAGAAAUAAUUUGUUGGGGGUCCAGUGGUUUGAGCCGCUGGGAAUUUCUUUAACAGGAAUUCAUGCCGUUGAGCCUGACCCUAUCCAGAACGUCUGCGAGGAAUACAAGGUGGUGUUCCAGCCAGGAUUAGGAACCUUCAUGGGACAACCCAUCGCGUUCGACUUAGACCCAGGGGUGCAGCCCAUCAGACUGAAGCCUCGGCGAGUCCCGUUUGCUCUAAAGGACAGGAUUGAGGCGGAGCUGGACAAAUUGGUCACCCAAGGGGUUUUGGAACCAUUGGAACCAAUUGACUCCGCCCCGUGGGAAACACCGAUAGUGAUAGUGCUCAAGGUGAAUGGGGACGUUCGAAUCUGUGCAGACUACAAAUUCACUAUCAACAAGGCGAUUCGCGCAAAUGCAUAUCCGGUCCCAGUCGUAAGUCAUUUGUUGGCUUCCUUGCACGUAGGCAAAUGUUUUGCUAAGUUAGACCUAGCUCAGGCUUAUCAGCAAUUGCCAGUUACUCCUGAAGCAGCGCUUUGCCAGGCCAUAGUAACACAUAAAGGGACCUUUAGGGUUAAUCGUUUGCAAUUUGGGGUAAAUGCUGCACCCGGAAUUUUUCAAGCGUUGGUUGAGCGCCUGUUGAAGAGACUGGUUGGUGUGUUGCCAUAUUUUGAUGAUGUCCUCAUAGCAGCAGAAAACGAGAGGGAGCUGGCUAAGAAACUGGGGGAGGUGUUGCACAGAUUCCAGGAAGCAGGUUUAUGGGUUAAAAAAGAAAAAUGUGUGUUGCAUACCAAGGAGAUAGAGUUCCUGGGUUUUAGGGUCACUCCUGAGGGAAUUAGACCAUCUGAGUCUAAAAUCAGGGCUAUCUGGGAGCCCCCCCCCCGUCCCACUUCUAAAACGGAACUACAGGCAUUUUUGGGGUUAAAAGGUCUCUUGACAUCAGAAGCUGUUCUGACUCAUUUCGACCCUAGGAAGCCUGUAUUGUUAGUAUGUGAUGCAUCCCCAGUAGGUGUUGGGGCUGUGUUGUGCCAUGAUAUGGGUAAUGGGAAAGAGGCGCCAAUUGCAUUUUAUUCCAGGUCACUGACUCAGACUGAAAGAAAUUAUGCGCAGAUAGACCGGGAAGCAUUGGCCAUCAUUGCAGGCACAAGGAAAUUCCACGAUUUUAUUUAUGGGUGAAAAUUUUCGAUUGUGACAGAUCACAAACCCCUCCUGGGCAUUUUCGUGCAAGGGAAACAGACCCCUCAGAUCCUGUCACCCCGUAUGCUGCGCUGGGCGAUGUCAUUGCAGGCGUACGAUUUCACUUUAAUACAUCGUCCUGGGGCGGCUAUCAGCCAUGCGGAUGCACUGUCCAGAUCCCCCAUGCCCUCUGGGGGCUGGCCGGCUAAACCACCAGCAGACGAAUUCAGGGUAUACCAUCAAAGAAAGGACGAGCUCUCUUUGGAGCAUGGCUGUUUGCUGUGGGGUCAGCGGGUGGUGAUACCAGAAGGGUUAAGGGAUAGAGUCUUACAGGUUUUACACAUCAGCCAUCCGGGUAUUGUGAAAUCCAAGGCAUUGGCACGGAGUUAUUUUUGGUGGCCCAGGUUGGAUUUAGAUAUAGGGAAAUCGGUAGGGUGUUGUGCAGAAUGCCAAGCGUCUAGGCCAGAAGAGCCCCAGCUGCCACUCAGGGAAUGGGACACUGCACGAGGUCCUUGGUCCAGGAUCCAUGUAGAUUUUGCAGGUCCUUUCAAAGGUUCAAUGUUUUUGUUGGUGGUUGAUGCAUAUUUGAAAUGGCUAGAAGUCAUUCCAGUCGUUGGCACGACUUCUGCCGGCACCAUAAGAAAACUACGACAACCGUUCAGCACUUUUGGGUUGCCAGAUGUGUUAGUCACUGACAAUGCUUCUACGUUCAUGUCAGCAGAGCUCCAGGAUUUCUUAAAAAGGAAUGCAGUCAGGCACGUGACUUCGGCCCCGUUCCACCCGGCAACCAACGGGCAGGUAGAAAGACUAGUUAGGACUACAAAAGAUGCUCUCAGGCGCAUGGGAGCAGGGGACUUAGAGCUGCAUCUAUGCCAAUUUCUCCUAACUUACAGGGUUACACCAUUGGCAUUGGGUCAGUCACCUGCAGAAGUGCUAAUGCGGAGAAGGCCAGUCACCUUACUGGACAAAUUAGACCCGGGACGCUGGGAGGAUAGAGGUACAAACAUUGGCGUGGAAUCGCCUAAGAGUUUUUUAGUGGGCCAGCCGGUCCACUGCAGGAACUAUAGCCCUGGCCCUGCCUGGACUAGGGGGAGCAUAUUGGAGCAGACUGGCCCUGUAUCUUAUAGAGUACAAACAGAAGUAGGGCAAAUCUGGAGGCGUCAUGCCGAGCAACUGCGGCAUCGGGUGCCCGGGAAUAACUUGGGACAAGAGAUUGGGCAGGACAGUGAGUCGUGGGGUGGUAACAAACAGGCAGUAAUGCCAGCUGAAACACACCCACAAGAGGAACUUGGUGUGGAGCAUUCCGAGUCUGCAGAGGUCGCCAAUAAGGGACCUACGGCAGUCCCAGCAUCAGAGUUUAGCACAGAAGGGGCUGUCAGCACGCCCCGACAGUAA